AUGCUCGGGAAUGAGGACACACAACAAUGGCACAGCAGUCAGAUUGAGAAAGAGAUGGAGAAAGCACUAGGCAAGGACUAUGAUGUUUGCCAGGGUGUGAUGGAAGAGAUUGCGUGCACGGCGCAAAGCUUUCAGGACGAGUUUCGCUGCUUCGAUGAGCUCACGGCAGAAUGCCGACAGGCAAUACAGGGUGAAGGUCUCAAAGACGCAGUGCGACGCCUUCGCGGACGAGUGAAAAUCACACUGGAUGAGUCCAAGUUCGAGAAACACAUCCAAGAUCUGCGGGCGUCCAUCGACGACCUCAAACGUAUCCGAGAGCAAAGGAGCGAGCUGAAGCGGCAUCAAAAUGAGCUCGUAGCAACAAAACCACCUCGCGGGAAACUGAGUCAAGAAUAUGGGCAUAUCAGUCAAGUCAGAAGGGCAUCGAGAGCCUUUCACGAAGCCCUUGCUCAAGCUUGGUCGACCAAGAGUGCUUCCGCGGAGGUACUUGACAUGCGCCAUACUGUUCGACUAUUCCUAGACACCACAGUCAAAGACGAUGUUCAGAUGCAUGUAGCUAUCUCCUGCAUGGGCCAUGAGCACGCUGAUAGGACUUUGGCACCGGAAAGGUUGGCUAGAAUUCUAGUACGAUCACAGAUACGGACCUGGAUCGACGCUGAAACUGAAGACCCUACGUCGGUUGCACCUGAUCCAGACGGAAAUCCCCGACAGAAACGAAGAAAGGUGCGCUUCUCGCAAGAUGUGCGAGAAGAGACCUGCAAAGAUGAUGAGUCUGACGUAACGAGGGGUGUUCAACAUCACAAAGACUCCGUAGUCAACUUGUGCUCAGAGGGGCUAUGCCCAGCCUUGAACAGCGUCUUCAACUUUGCAUCCGGAGAGGCCUUUAGCGACCAAUGUCUAGGGUACAUCGACAGCUCAUCACAAGAUCCCUUCCGGCAUUCGAUUUACCCAGGAUCCGUGGACAGUCGCAGCCAAUUGAUGACUAUUUCUCAAGGUCUGAUGUCCAUGAACGACGUGUUGAUGACUCCCGCCGAGUCUACACUUUCCAUUAUCGACCAACUCAAACUGGCUCGUGACAUGGUGAGCGCGGUUCUCAAGUUCUACUCCACGCCAUGGCUGAGAGAGUACUUCACUCUGCGGGAUCUCUCUUUUUUUCAGAUGAGCGGGGACUUUUCUAGGUGCCUUCGGACCCUCCAUCUAGGCUUCGACUUUGUCCAGUCAUCCGCCGCAAACCUACCACGGAGCAUGGACGGAAUAGAGGCGACAGCGAUGCCGGACAGCAGCGACGGCAGCCCUGGAGAAGUAGAGACCGCUGUCGAGCGCGCAAAGUUGGAGUACGGUAUCCGUAACCUGACGCUUUGGAGCCUCGGCAUCACUCUGCUUCAGAUCGGACGGUGGUCAAGCCUAGAAGCCCCGGAAGACGUUCUCAGCGUUCGCAGGCUAUCGCGACAGGUCCCUACAUUGGGUCCGAAGUAUAGGGACCUCACCAGGAAGUGUCUGGAGUGUGAUUUUGGGUUCGGCGACGACUUAUUGAAGCCUCGGUUGCAGCAGGCAGUGUAUGAGAGCGUGGUCUGCGAGUUGAGUGAUAUGAUCAACACCUUGGAUGUCAGUGAUGAUUAA